CCGCUCCGCACAUAGACUCCGAACCAUUCGAAGACUACCACCACUAGCCAGAACCCCCGCUCGACCAUCUCCCCGUCUCUCUUGUUCGUGUGUGUCGCCACUGUCGUCGUCGUCCAGUGCCAGAACCCUGAGAAGCUAGCCUGUGCCCUGGACAACUGUUCCUGAAAUUCCACAAAUGGACAUGGAUCAGAAGCCAUUUGUCGACUAUGGCAGCUAUUGCUAUCCCACUGCUGCCACAGCGCAGGAUUUUACUGCUAGAUCCCAAGUUUCACCAUAUUUCUAUAAUUUCUCAACUUCAACCGCCUCGUCAAUGUAUUCUCAACAGCCGACGCAUUUCAUGUAUCCACAAGCGGCAGCAAGUUCACCGGAAGACCAAAUGACGACGAAAAUUAUCGAAGGUGGCGAAGUGAAAAUUAACGGCAAGGGAAAGAAAGUGAGAAAACCGAGGACGAUAUAUUCUAGUCAGCAGUUACAAACGCUUCAGAAACGAUUUACCAAAACGCAAUAUUUGGCGCUUCCGGAUCGGGCAUCCUUAGCCGCCGAGCUUGGCCUUACCCAAACCCAGGUGAAAAUCUGGUUCCAAAACCGUCGUUCAAAGCAGAAGAAGUCGAAAGGUAGCGUGGAACGAACUUCGGAUGAAGAAGGCGAGUCAGAAGACCGGGCCGAUUCAACUCCACCAGAAGAGGGAACUUCGACGACAACCCAACAGGACUGGCAACAUAUGACGGGUUUGGCCCCGUCAACGUUGCCAUCGGCGGGUUUGCCUCCUACGGGGCUUGGACCGUCAUCGCUUCCGCCAACAGUGCUGCCACCGCCACCGCAACAGGCCCAAGUACCGCCAAGCGGAUUGAUGCCACCACCGUUGAAUACCCCGUUGUCCACUUAUGACCCCGUCAAGUACUCUUCGGACGAGUUAAAGCCGUUCUAUGAUCAAACCGCCUAUUAUCAGCCGUACAUUCUACCACACUCAGGGUAUAAUGGUUACUAGUGACUUUUCUCUAAUUUUCAUAGUCGUAUGCUGCGUCUGGAGUUGCCGGUGCCAGUACCGCGCCAAAGUCGUGCCGUAAGUAUGCCAGCGAGUUUGAUAUAUCAACAAGCAAUGUGUCUACACUGGCGCGACGCUAGCACUGCGCUGGCACAGUCAACUCUGGACUUAGCCUUAGUUUUCCCUCACCAAGUUUCAUGGGCCAAGCUUGCUUUACAAUGAUUUGAAUGAAUUCGAAUGAUCUUCACACAUUAUGUUGGCUCCUCACUCGUCAACUCUCUAUAGUUUUUGGGGCUUGUGAAGCCUAAAAGAGCCGAAAAAACCAAAUUUUUACCAUCCCUGUGCUUUAUU